GGCGUUUCCUCUCCGGGCAGCUGUCAGAUUCAACCCCUUUUCAUCUGCAAAACACGGCUUUUGCCCGAGCGAAGAUGAUCCACACAGACUUGACAGCGUUUGUGCAAUGACAGCAACAUAAAUCCAAUCGACCUGCAGAUUCUCCGGCCCUGUCCAGUGUGCUCCGGUCACCAUGGAGACUGUAAACAGCUACGUAUUGAUCCAUGGGAAGAACAUCUCCCACAGCUCUUUGGGUGGGUCUGCGGCUGGACCACAGAUGUCCAUAGACAAACUGUUUCCUGCUCUCCUGGAGUGCUUCGGUAUCAUCAUGUGUGGAUACAUCGCUGGGAGGACUGACAUCAUUACAGAGACCCAAGCGAAGGGACUGGGUAACUUCGUGUCUAAGUUUGCUCUCCCGGCACUGCUCUUUAAAAACAUGGUGCUGCUGGACUUUGGGGAUGUCAUUUGGGCAUUUCUGUGGAGUGUUCUAGUAGCAAAGGUGACAGUGUUUGUGCUGGUGUGUGUGCUCACACUGAUGGUGGCCAGCCCAGAGAGCAGGUACAGCAAGGCCGGUCUCUACGCCAUCUUUGCCACUCAGAGCAACGACUUUGCUUUGGGAUACCCCAUAGUGGAGGCCCUGUACCGGAGCACAUACCCAGAGUACCUGCAGUACAUUUACCUGGUGGCCCCUGUGUCCCUCAUGAUCCUGAACCCCAUCGGCUUUGCUCUGUGUGAGAUCCAGAGGUGGAGACAGGCCAGCCACCCCGAGCGCAGCACUUUAGCCAUUGUAGCCGUUGUCAUUCUUCAGGUGUUGAAAAACCCCAUAGUGUUCAUGGUGAUAGUGGGGAUCGUGUCUCACUUUGCUCUGGGGCAGCGGAUCCCAGCUGUGCUCUCUGAGUUCAUUGAUGGACUCGCCAACUCUUUUGGAGGAGCGGCUCUGUUCUACCUCGGACUCUCUAUGGUCGGCCAGCUUAGGAAACUGACUCGGGACACUGGAGUUGCUUUGAUCCUUUUAAUUACAGCGAAACUUCUGGUGAUGCCUCUGGUGUGUAAGGACAUGGUGGAGAUCCUGGAUGUUGGAGUAAACAGCAGCAGUCCGAACCACACCAGUCUGUCUAACUUUGCCUUUCUGUACGGAGUCUUCCCCACAGCCCCCAGUGUGGCCAUCUACGCAGCCCACUACAACAUGGAGCUGGAAGUGGUGACUUCAGGCAUGGUGAUCAGCACGUUCCUGUCUGCUCCCAUCAUGUAUGUGUCGGCAUGGUUACUGACAAUCCCUCUGAUGGACCCCACCCCCCUCAUCACAGAGCUGCAGAACGUCAGCUUCAACAUCAGCAUCAUCUGUCUCCUCGCUCUGGUGUGGACCAUAGCUGUGAUGCUUCUGAGCAGGAAGUUCAACAGGCUUCCUCAUGUUUUUGCCCUGAAUCUGUUUUUGGCUCAGUUCCUGGUGUGUGUGAGUAUGAUUCUGUGGAACUUCCUGGUCAAACAGGAGGAGAACCUGGUGGGCAAAGUCAUCACCUUCACUUUGCUCUACGGCUCAUUAUACAGCACUUACAUCUGGACUGGUCUGAUCCCUCUGUGCUUGGCCCUCACAAACAGAGAUGACCUCCUGAGGCUGAGGCCAGGGGUCUUCAUGGUCCUUGGCUGGGGAGUACCCUUCCUGAUGGUGGGAUGUCUUCUGCUUGUGGGAGAAAGAACAGACUCCAUAGACUCUGCCUUCUUCUAUGGCAAAGCUCAGAUCAUCUGUAGUGCAGUUGUAUUAGCAGUCAGUCUCCUGCUGGGGGCGCUCUCUCUUAUGGGGCUGAGCCAGGGCAGCAGGGAGCAGAGCGGGUACGAAGCUUUGGGUAGAGCCGCUGUCACCGGCCUCACAGACGACCUGCAGCCCCCUGGAGGAGGGGAGGAGCCACUUCAGCAGCCACCCCUGUUGAUCAGCUCCCCCUCCGCCUUCAGCAUUAACUCAGACAUGCAGAAUGGCUCUCCACCUCAGUCCAUACCUGACAUGAUCGGCAGCACCCAAAGAGAACACAACCACCUGGAUGAUGGAGCCCAGUCGGAUGGUCCUCCUCUGUCCGAGCAGCCCCUGAAUCUGCCUCCUCCUGGUCCCCCUCCAGAUGAGAAGCAGACGCUCAGACAUGUGCUGCUCUGUCUGCUGCUCAGCGUUAGCCUAUUAGCAAACCUGUCCAGCUGUAUGUGGUGGCUGCUGAACAAAGAUCCAGGCCGACUGUAUCUGGAGCUGCAGUUCUUCUGUGCUGUGGCCAACUAUGGACAGGGUUUUCUGUCAUUUGGAAUCUUUGGCCUGGACAGACACCUCAUCAUUCUCCCAUUCAAAAAGAGGUUGCUAUCUUUAUGGCACGGUCGGGACAGCUCUGAGCUGCCCUCUGCUGGUGUCCCUGAAGAGGUGCGGCUCACGUGCACUCAGUUUGUGCGUUACCACAAAGAGCAGUGUGUGCAGGACGUAGUGCACAGGCGCAGGUUAGCGCGCCCCCCAGUGGACACGGACGGAGACGCGCCCCAGACUGACCCUCCACCCCAGCCGCCUCACACCCCCCACCCGCACCUGGAGAGCCUGUUCCGGGCAGCGACCUGGUGGAGUGGUUGAUGGAGAGGGGUUUGUGUAAGGGGAGGGGGGAGGCGCAGAUGUACGGAGGGUUUUUACAGCAGGGAGGAGUGAUAGAGCAUGAGACUGGACAGUACAGCUUUAAGGACGAAGAGACGCUUUUGUAUUAUUUCACCGAGGAAAGCCUGAGGUGGACAGAAGCAGCUCAGGAUCAGAGGUGGGUAGAGUAGCUAAAAAUUGUACUCAAGUAAGAUCAACGUUACUUCAAAAUAGUAUUAUUUAAGUAGAAGUACAAUGUAGUGGCCCAACAAAUGACUCAAGAAAGAGUAACUUCAAGAGUAACUGUCAGGACACAACGUCUGAUUUUAUAAUUUAAAGUUAAAGGUGCACUGUGUAACUUUUCUGGUAAAAGUCCAGCAUGUGGUUGUGUCCAUGGAAUGUUCCAGAAUAUGGCAUUAAACUAGCUCAUUAUUUAAAUAUAGUUGUUUUUUUUUGUUUUUUUUUACAAUAAAGCAAUACCCACUUCUCCACCAAAUCAGACCUGUAAACUGGCAUGAUUCUUGUCUCCAUGGAAAUAGAUAAGUUUAAUAUCAUACUGUAAAAAAGAGGCGAAGAAACAACAUCUCCAUGAUGACGGACUCUCCAUCCAGAAAGUUACACAGUGCACAUUUAAUCUAAUUUGAAGGACAAAACUUUAAAUAAUGCACAAAGUAUGAAAGGACAGACACAAAAAUGAGACAAACUAAAUCUGAAGGAGCACUGCAAGAAACACAAAUAGUCAAAUCUUUUCAUAUUGUCACAUAAAGCUUCUUCACUCGUAAACUUACCCACAGUCCGAAGCAUAAACAAAACUUUUACUCACGUAAGACUACUGUUACUUCAAUGAACAUUUUACUUAAGUACUAGUAAAAGUAUGCUGCUAGAAAAGUAAAAUUUUGAAUAAUGUUACUCAAGUAACAUUAUCUUUGACUGAAUACUACCCACCUCUGCUCAGGCUGCAUGAUGGAGCAAGAGGAAAAGGAAGAAUAUUGAUGUUGUUAUGUUGGGGCAUUCAGGCUCUGUUCUGUUAAAGGAGCUGUACCUGAUUUUUACAAAAAAUAUAACCGUUUAAAACUAUUUUAAAUGGUUUGCAGUGGUCACAGAGAUGAGUUUAUGAGUGCUUUUCACAACUUUCAGAGACCAGAGUUUUGCUGUCAAAGCUAAUGACAACUAGCAUGCUAAUUGAGCACCUCCUGAUUAUCAGACAGUCAAACAUGUUAUAAUAAGAUGCAGACUUAUUUUGACCUCAAGAGCUGUUUAUACAAUAUGUACUGGACCUAGACGAAUUUUGCUCAAAUACAUAGGAGAAAAAUUUGGGUACAGGGCCUUUACGAUGCUAUCAAAUCAGUUAUUUCAUAGAUAUAUACCCCUUAAAAUGAGCCAUUUUACAAGCCAAAUUAAGUUCAAGACAUUUUCAAGUCCAAAAGUUUGUAAUUUUAAUCCAUAUAGCCAGUUAAAACCCUUGAAGGAGCACUGCGUAACUUUUUUCUAUCACCUGCUUGUUUCCAUGGAGAUGUUAUUGCUUUCUAUCUAUUAUCUAUCAAUCAUAUAUUUCAUUAAAGGUGUAUAUAAUGCUAAAAUAUUACUGUGAGUGGGAUCGCUUCUCCACAGAUUUGACUUGUAACUCUGCCUAAUAACAUGAUUUAUUUUUCACUAUGGUAAUGCUAGAUGUAGUAUUUGAGGCCAUGCUUUGAAACAUUUUUUGGCAAAUCAAUAACAACUCCAUGGAAACGGGAACCCCAAAAAGUUCCACAGUGUCCCUUUAUGCUAUUUCAAUAUAGUAUCUUACUGUUCGCCAUAAGACCCUUACAAGUUGCUGCGUUUUUACAUACACUUUAUUUUGUUUAGUCUAAAUAAGAUGUAACAAUACAACCAAAAUGUGACAGAUUUUUAUUAUUUUAUUACAUAUUUUUUGUAACAACCUGGAUAAAACAGUUCUAUAUUAUAUUAUUUGUUAUAUAUUUAUCAAAGUUAAGGCCAGUGCUCACUACUUUCUCUCACAACCCAACUUCAUUCAGAUCAUGUGUUCUGAAAUUUGAAGUUUUAAUAUUAUUUUUGUAAAGUAGCUUUUUUUUUGUUUUAUUUAUUUAUUAGUAUUUGUGUCAUUUAUGUUAAAGAGGGGGUAUUAUGCAAAUUUGACUUUUUGGAACGAUCUACCAUGUUAUUGCGUUGUUCCUUCAUCAAAAACAUGCCUGAAGAAGAUUUUUUUUAUGUCAUCCAUGCAUGUUUGAGUAAUUUAGUGAUCUCUCCCCGACCCAAAAUAUACAAAAGCGGGAUACAAAACGAUACACUACAACACUCAAACCUGAUGCAAUGUGUAGUAGUUUCAUUCACGCGAUGCACACCAAUUGCAUUUGUGAUAGUGCUCUGAAGGGAGAGUGACUUAGCACGGGACCAAAGGAAGGGGACACUCAGAGCGACAAAACCAAAACUUAUUAAACAUGUCAAAACACUAAAAGGUAACAUGGUGAUCUAAAUAUGUUAUGUGUUAGCAGUUAAUACCUCCUCUUUAAGAAGAUUUUAAGUCUGCCUGCGCCAAACUGAGCCUAAAUCCUCUCAAAUUCCGUUAAUUGACAAAUAUAGUUCAUAUUUCAAGCACUACCAGAUAGUGUUUCGAGAAGCCAAAUGUUUUAUGUUUUACAACUGUUUCUAAAAUUAUUUUGCACGAAUAAAACUGCAUGAUCUGAAGCAGUUCAAAUGGCCGCUCGUCUGGCACACUUGCACUAUAACACACAUUUACUGGAAAUCUGGUCAAAAUGCAGAUACAAUUUUGCUGCUGUUACGUUUAAUGCUUAUUACUGUUGUGUAAAGCGGUUCAUUAUGAGUUCUGUUUUGGUGUAAAUAAGCACAAGUGGCCUCUGCGUAAUGGAGACCAGAGCACAGCGAUGCAUGUGCCUGAAAACUCCCAAAUAAUGUUCAAAUGUGAUGUUUGUUUUCAUGUUUACAACAGCAGGGGGCAGUAUGCUGUCUGUGUCGAUGCUUUAAAGGUGCACUGUGUAUGAGGCUGCGUUCACACCAUAGACUGUAUAUACAAAAGGACAUGGCUAACCUGCAAAAUAGAAGUGUUCAUGGGGGCGCUUCUGGCUCUGUUGUCUCUGACUUCAAUAGAUGCAUCACGAAUCUCUCACUUCCGGUCAUUGCGCAGUGCAUACUGGGAAGGAUUUUCCGAAAAAGUGAGCAUCAAAUUGCCAUGUUUGUUUUCCCAGUGGGAUGUGUCUAUUGACAAAGCCGAUCUUUUCAAGUCUUUUGAACCAUAUCGCUUUUGUUUCUGGUUCUGAUAUUGUCAUAUUUUAGUUUUGGGAUUUGGACAUCGUUAAUUGUGUUGUUGUUGGAUCCUAACAGCGGAAAAUGGCUCGAGAAAUUUGUUUGUGAACUUCAUAACUGCAAAAGGGAAUCAGAUGCGUGUGACUGCAAACCUCCGUUCAAACUGUUUCCCUUCCCAAAGGAAUUAAAAAAUAGUGGAAACCUCUGACUGCCUAAAUCAUCCCGAGUUUGCAGUGAACAUUUUGUAUGUGGAACACCAUCAAAGAAAAACCAUAAUCUCUCUCAACCUCGGUUACGAAUUUAAAAGUCAAAAGUGAAAGGCACCAGGUGUUCGCCAAGAAACACCUUUCACUGCAAAGCAACCAAGACAUAAUGUUGCUGUAAAGCCACAAGAACAAGAAAAUGCGAGCUUAGCCUGUUUGUCUUCUGCACCUCUCACUUAACAAAUGGAAUUUUGCUUUGAUGGUGCUCCACAUACAAAAUGUUCGCUGCAAACUCGGAAUGACAUAAAAUAUGACGAUAUCAGAACCAGAAACAAAAGGUUUAAAAGACUUGAAAAGCUCGGCUUUGUCAAUUGGGAAAUCAAACAUGGCUCACUUUUUCGGAAAAUCCUUCCCAGUAUGCAUUGCACAAUGACUGGAAGUCCGAAAUUCAUGAUGCCUCUAUUGACUUUACAUUGAAAAAUUAUCACCUCUCUCACUGUGAGCCUCAUCACUAUUUUGUUCAUAAAUAAAUUCUUACCAAAUCACUUCACAAUCAAGUCAUAACAGGCCUCCACACUACUGAUACUUUAUCAUCAGGCUUGGGAGUGCUUCUUGUAUGUCUAUGAUUGUCUGGAAACUCAAGAAAAAUAUGAAUAUGAGCAUUCACGGUCCACUUUAGGUGUUUGAUUUUCUAGCAUGUAACUGGGACAUGUUUAACAGCACGAAUCAGCCCACGUGUUGUAGUUGCAGCUAAGUCGGCUCUUUAUAGUUAGAUUGUGAUAAAACAAAUCUUAAAUGAAAGUCUAACUCACGUAACAGAGCUUCAGACAGAGCAGUGCCUCCAGUUAGCUUGUCACAUUGUUUUGUUUUAUAAAAUCUGAACUACCCAGUGCACCUUUUAAGCCCAGUCUUCCACCUGUGCUUUGUGUAUUCUGGCUGUGUGUGCUCAUGUGUCUGACCUGAACACUAUGCACAGAAGUCCCUUUAUUCAGCCUGUGUGAACGUGUGCAUGAUUUUGUCUUCCAUCAACUGAAGAAACUUUGCAUUUUUGUUGUAUCAUUUGUUUAUUUGGAUCAUUUUGUGAGUGUGUGUGUAUGUGUGUGUUUAUGGUGACUGGAGAUGUUGUAAGCCAAUGAGGUCCAUUACUUUGUGACCUAAAUAAAGCCACUAUACAACUGA